CUAUCCCCGUCUUGCAACACGGCGCAUGCUCCGAGCUACCCUGUAGCCGAGGCCUAAAUCCGAUACAGCAUGGGGGCAAAUUACCAGGUGGUUAGGUGGUAGACCCUGCAAUGCAAUGCCAUAGGAUACGAUUGUCGGCUACAAGCGAACUCGUUUGUCCGCCCAUGGGUCGACCCAUCUACUUCCCAGCGAGUAGGCCGGAGUUGUGCCGUUCGGUCCCUGGCUCCAAGGGGGCUCAGAAUCAUAACAACCAAGGCAUCCAUCGCAGAGGACGGUGGGACCACACUCUUUCACACGUUGCUCCUUCUUUCACGCUAUCACAACGGAUCUGACGCGCUCUCGCUACUUCUCCCUCCUCCAAGUCAGUCUUUCUUUGUUGUUUCAUGAUGCCCACACCGUGGCAGCAUUUCCACGCGAGAGCUAUGGCGCUACUCAGUUUGGCUGCCCUCACUCCUCUCAGUCAAGGAUAUCAAUUGUUUGAUACCGCCCCAACGAGUCUGCCGGCGGCCUGUGGAAAUGCCUUGGCCGUCAACAUCUCCUGUGACCAGCUUUUCUCGGCCUCGUACAUUGCCGGGGGUGGGUAUGUCAGCGUGGCCGCUCUCGAUGAUGUGUGCUCGACCAACUGCACCAACUCGCUGCUGUCCUUCCAGGCUGAUGUCGACGCGGCCUGUGGCAAUACCACCUAUACCUUCCCCGGCAAUGUCUCACAGACGGUGCAAAACUUCGUCGAUCCCCUCGUCUGGGCCUUGGAGGCCGCCUGCAUUACCAGCCAGUCUACCUACUGCUUGCCAGCGGUGGUGGCAGGCAAUGUCUCGGCCUGUUCGCCGUGCAUGUACCAGUACGAAGCCGCCAUGUUGGACUCGCCAUACGGCCAGGUGCGCUACAGCCCGGACACGUACUCGUCGCUGUUAUCCUCCUGCGGGGUAGCGGCAUCCAAUUAUCCUUUCACCGACACAGCCGUCGCGACUGUGGUCCCUUCGGCGACGGCCACCGUCUCGGCCAUGGCCACCGCGACAUGCUCCAGUUAUUACACCGUCGAGUCCGGGGACACCUGCCAGUCCAUCGCCACGGCCCACUCCAUCUCCACGGCUCGUUUCGUCAUCGACAACAACCUGAGCACGCUCAACUGCUCGGUUCAGGUCGGUCAGCAGGUCUGCCUGGGCGCGGAGUGUGCCCUAUACCAGGUCCAGGCCAACGACACCUGCGCUUCUAUCCUACAGAACCAAACCUUUUACCGAGUCCAGCUGACUUCGUGGAAUCCAACACUCUGGACAGACUGCGGUAACCUCGACAGCAUGGUAGGAGAGUUCAUCUGCAUCUCCCCCCCAGGCACGUCCAGCUGGGUCACCCCCAGCACCAACAUCACAACAAGCUGGAACGUGAGCUGGGUCAUCCCACCCACGGCCUUCACCACGCUGCCCGCCCAGCCGUCCACCUUCCCCGUCUUCAACACCUCAGCCAUUGCAUGGCCCGUCACCACCAUCAUUCCGGCGGUCCAAAAUGUCACCUGGAACGAGACCCUGGUCCCGCUCUUUGUGAACCUGACCCAAUACUGCCCCAUUACGGAAGAUGACUACUCCAACGGGUGGACCAUCUCCGAUCUCCCGGAGAGUUGCGAGGAUCUCCUGGACGAAUACUGUGACCCACCUGCAAAUGCCACCAUGCCCGCGUCGACGGUGCUCCCCGCGACGUGUUCCCCGGCGUACUACACUGUGUCGGGCACCACUGCCACCGGGUCCUCCACCUCCGCCUCGACGGCUCCCGAACAGACGGGCAUCGCGGCGAACUGCGAUGCAUACUAUGUCGUCCAGAAGAAUGAUACCUGCGCCAGCAUCGUAGCGGCAUUUGGCAACUUUACCCUCACUCAAUUCUACAGCUGGAACCCGGCGGUCGGCUCGAGCUGCGCAGACCUCGACGCUGGUUACGCGGUUUGUAUCGGGACGACGAGCAGCACGUCGGCAUCCUCGCAAACGGGCACGGCGACCACCACGACGCUCUCGGGGACCCUCGAGCCCAGCACUGACCCCCAAUGCACCAAGUAUCACAAGGUAGUCGAGGGUGACAACUGCGUCAGCAUUGAGGCAGAGUACGAUAUUACGGCUGCUGAGUUCCUGGCCUGGAAUCCGACGGUCGGAGCGACGUGUGAGUCCCUCUGGCUCGGUUACCUGGUCUGUGUCGAUGCUCCCUACACCACAACCUCGUCCGCCACGCCCGCUGCUACUUCAACGUCAACGGCGACGUCGACAGUCACAUCAUCGGUCCCGGCUGUGGAACCGAGCACCGUGGCCGACUGCACCGAGUAUCACCUCGUCGUCGACGGGGAUGACUGUGAGACCAUCGAAGCGCAGUAUGAUAUCACCGCAGCAGAGUUUAACGAGUGGAAUCCAUAUGUUGGGACAGGCUGCGAGUCCUUGUGGCUUGGUUACUACGUCUGCGUCGAUGCACCAUCAAGCUGA